CUAAACUCAACUUAGUUCAUCUCAUUAAAAAAACAAGUUGAACUCAAAUUUAACUAAAUUCGACUCGACUUAUUUAUAGCCCUGAUUUAAAUUUCCUCCAUUCCCUCUAUUCCAGUGGGUUGAAACAAACAAAAAUAUUUAUGACCUACUCGCCAACCACCGGUCAACCACAAGCAGACAUCAAACAUCAUAGCUCAUAAGCAAUAUUUAUGGUCCGAAGUCCAAAGAAGUCGUUAGUUGGGUGGAAGAUUAGAUGGGCCCAAAAUAGCAUAAUGGAGAUUUCAAUGAUGACACCAAAUUUAAAGCCCACUGGUCCACACUAUUGGACGGUUGGGCUGUUGAUUGUCGAGGCUACCAAACCUAAUCUGGUGGAAUUCAAUUCCUCUCACCUACUAGCCUACUACAGCUCAUAAUACAGUUGAAGACAGUUCACUUUGAGACUGGACUGCAAAGUAGAGACACAGUGGAUAACAAAAUGAGUGAAUCCAUGGACUUGGUCUAACGCGCUUUUAUUGUUGGUCUCCGAUUAAAAUGUUUCGGGUUUGAAUCUUUUAAGUACGUUAUUUACGCUAACAUUUGUGUGAUGCCAUCAACUGGACCAGAUAGGAUCAGACAGCAACGAGUUCCAAAUCUCCGAAUCUAGAACAUCAUCAUCAUGCAAAACAAACAAAAAACACUAAAAUCUAAGAAGUCUUUAUCUUUCAAAUUAUCGACGUGAAAACUACCGUUUCGACCCAAAAGUUAUAACAUCGAGUAAAGAAAACCAUUGUAAGUGGGGAUUCUCAUUUCCAGUUGAUCUACCAACCCGAUGCAACUCCCCAUAAACCCUAUAGUAAAAGUUUAGUUCAAUUUUAAAAAAUCAUUAUCAAGUAAAAAUUAUGGUUAGAUCGAACGAAGUCAUCGAAUCGAUAUUUUACAUUUUUAUAAAUGAUUAUCCACGAAAUUUGAUGUAAAUGUUAUUAUCGAAAUGAGAAAUUCAGGGGUGGAUUUAUUAACCGGAUUAUACUCUUCUUCUCGGAGUCCUCUUCUCGAAAUGCUCAGCUUCGAAACUUGAAACCAACUUAACUUACGGAGUUUGCAAAGUUAUUCCUUUCCUUCUGGCGAAGCUUUUUUUCUCGUAUAGUUUUCACCACCUCUGCUCCAACGUCUUCUUCUUCUCCCUCCUCCUUCUCGAACCCGCUGUCAAAAAAGAUUCGACCUUUUCCUCUGUCGAUUCCGGUCAGGCCUUUCCCUUCCACCAUUUUCUUGUUUUUGUAAAUUUUCACUAAUUCCAAACAAACCCCUUACAAAAAAAAAACCCCAACUCUGCCGUUUCCAUUUGCCCUCUCUCGUCUCUCCCACUCGUCACUCUGUUUUUUCUGUUCCUGUCGCCAUCGCCUCUGUUCCCAGUUAUAACCAGAUCCCUCUCCUCAAAUUUCUUAUAUAUACGGAUACCAAAUUUACGUGGUGUUCAAUUAUGGCAGCUUCCUGUCACUCCUCGCUCUAGUAGUUGUAUCCAAUACCCACCAACCAUAACCCAGUCAAGUUUUCCUCUUCUUCUUCUUCUACUACCUUCCUCUCUCAGAUUUCUUGCCGGUUUCCUGUUUCAGAUCCGUGCACGAUACCCACUGUUCAUCGUCUCCCUCGCUAUAUAUAUUGGGUCGGUUUGAUUUUUCGAUAUCAGAAAUACCCAUAAGCUAGAUUUGGCUGUUUGAUUAGCAAGCAAUGAGUGGUGAAUCCGCCGCCGCUAGCACAACACCGGUCGGUGGCGGUGGUGGUGGAGUCGGCGGGAUCCAGAUCCAGCCCCAAUCGAGGACCCGGCUGCCUGAUUUCUUACAGAGCGUGAAUCUGAAGCAUGUGAAGCUGGGUUAUCACUAUCUGGUGAGCCAUCUAUUGACCCUUUGCUUGAUCCCAUUGAUGGCGGUGAUCGUAAUCGAAGCUACCCAAUUGAAUCCCGACGACAUCCGCCAGCUCUGGCUCCACCUCCAGUACAAUCUCGUCAGCGUCAUCGUCUGCUCCACUUUCCUCGUCUUCGGGAUCACGGUCUAUGUCAUGACCCGACCCAGAUCCGUUUUCCUCGUCGAUUACGCCUGCUACAAGCCGCCGGCGGAGCUCCAGGUCAGGUACGAUCAGUUCAUGGAGCAUUCGGCGUUGACGGGGGAUUUCGACGAGUCGUCGUUGGAGUUCCAGCGCAAGAUCUUGGAGAGGUCCGGGCUUGGGGAGGAAACAUACGUCCCUGAGGCGAUGCACUUCAUCCCUCCUCGGCCGUCGAUGCAGGCAGCUAGGGAGGAAGCUGAACAGGUGAUGUUUGGUGCUUUGGAUAAUCUCUUUGCGAACACUAAUGUGAAGCCUAAAGAUAUAGGCAUCUUGGUAGUGAACUGUAGCUUGUUUAAUCCCACUCCUUCACUCUCCGCCAUGAUUGUGAACAAGUACAAGUUUAGGGGCAACAUUCGUAGCUAUAACCUUGGUGGGAUGGGAUGUAGCGCUGGGGUGAUCUCAGUGGGUUUGGCAAAAGAUUUGCUGCAAGUUCAUAGGAACACUUAUGCUGUAGUUGUGAGCACGGAGAACAUUACUCAGAACUGGUACUUUGGGAACAAGAAAUCAAUGUUGAUCCCCAAUUGCCUGUUCAGAGUAGGGGGUGCUGCCGUUUUGCUGUCGAACAAGUCCAAGGACCGGAGACGGUCCAAGUACAAGCUUGUUCAUGUGGUCAGGACACACAAGGGAGCCGACGACAAGGCGUUCAAGUGCGUCUACCAGGAGCAGGACGAUGCAGGGAAGACCGGGGUUUCUCUCUCGAAAGAUCUCAUGGCCAUUGCAGGCGAGGCCCUCAAGACGAACAUCACCACUCUAGGGCCGCUCGUCCUCCCCAUAAGCGAGCAGCUGCUCUUCUUCGUGACCCUCAUUGCCAAGAAGACGCUGUUCAGUGGUAAAAAAGUGAAGCCUUACAUCCCCGAUUUCAAGCUGGCGUUCGAGCACUUCUGCAUCCAUGCUGGAGGCAGAGCAGUGAUCGAUGAGCUCGAGAAGAACCUGCAGCUUCUCCCCGAACACGUGGAGGCGUCGAGGAUGACACUCCACCGGUUCGGGAACACGUCUUCCAGCUCGAUCUGGUACGAGCUGGCGUAUGUGGAAGCCAAAGGGAGGAUGAGGAAGGGGAACCGGGUGUGGCAGAUUGCGUUCGGGAGUGGGUUCAAGUGCAACAGCGCGGUCUGGGAGGCGAUAAGGAAUGUCAAGCCGUCGGUUACUAAUCCGUGGGACGAUUGUAUCGACAGGUACCCUGUUCAGUCUGUGUUCGACAUGUCCUCUUCAGGAGGGAAAGAGUAGUACGCGUAAUUCAUUGCCUUGUCUAAUUUUAUUGACCAAGAUCAGGCUGUGUCUGUGUGCUAAUGGUCUUAGGAAUGAAUGUUUGUAAGUCUCUGGGAGGAUUUGUUGGGUUUAGCUAUUUGCAUUUAGCUGCAGGGAGGAAGGGAGGGAGCACCUAAUUGAUUCAAGGUUACAGGAAAAGUAGGAAGGAAAUGGUCUGAGUGUUAUUUCUGGGUUGUAGUUUCAGUGAUGGAGUCAGCUGAUAGAGAAUGUCUGUCUGUCUGUGUAUGCAGAGGAAUGCAGUACGAUUGAUAUGUUUUUGUUGCUGUAAUAAUUAUAUUCUCCAGACUUAAUAAUUUUUUUGUUAAUCUGGAUCGAAUUGUGGCUGGCUGGGUUGUGAUGGCAUUUAUCCAAACCCUUACCUACCAUGUUGAUGUAACAGUAGUGAUUGUGUUGUGUGUAAGAAAGAUUCAGGUUAAGUUGUGCUAUAAGGUAAUAGCAAAAUAAUAAUCUACACAUUUUAGUCAAUUGUACUGUUAUGUCAGGUAAGUAAAUGUUGUCAAAUUGGUUUAUACUGUUAUGUCAGUUUAGUCCGAUCGAGAUACAAUUGAUUUUAUUUCAGUUUAUGCCACUUUAGUCAAAUGUACAAGUAGUGAGAGUCAUUAACACCAUAUGCAUUACACAAUUAUAUAACCUAUCCCAAAGCAAUAUAUCAACCGUCUAUAACCAUGUUUAUUUAAAUAAGAUAGACCAUUAUAAGCAAAAUGACAAAUCAUCAUAUAUUUAAGUACAACAUUUGACAUCAACAUCCAAACGGUUAUAUUUAAAUUCAACAGAUAGCAUCAACAUCAACAAUCAUUUAAAUAAAAUACAUUACAAACAAAAUGACAAAUACUCAUUUAACAUUAUUUUGUUUAGGGAGCAAAAUUUGUCAAUACUGGCCUAACAACUGGAUUUCUCGAUUCUAAUUAUCAUUUAGCACUUCAUAUGAUGAAUAUCUCAUCUUAUUUUAUGUCGAUAUCAACCUGUUGUACCAGCUGGCAUACCAGUGGCUUGACAACCAUGGCUCAAACAAUUCGGAAUUUUCGUACCAUCAUCUUUCUUCAAAAAUUAUGUUCUUGUACCUGAAAUUUUUAUAACAACAUUUUAAAUAUCUAAACUUAUCAAAUUUUUCGUAAUAGAUCCGAAAUUUAGAUGACGCUCCAAUCUAUAAACCCACCAAUAAAAUCCAUGAAUUCAA